AUGGGCAUGUUCAGAGUAGUCACGUUAAUUCUUCUACUUUCUCUUUCAUGCAGCGAUGGAGUACCUCGCUUCGCUAAUUAUCUGCAAGAUCACAUGGUACUACAACGAGCUCCACAAAGAGCUGUUAUUUGGGGAUUUGGAGAUGGAACCAAAUUAACCACACUUCGACUCAACGAUAAAAUCUAUACAACCGUUAGCCGAAAAGAACGAGCAAAUAACUUAGGCGAAAGUAUUUGGUCAGUAACACUUGAUCCAGUUUCCGAUGAAGGCCCGCCGAUACUUUGUGACAC